AUGCUUCAGACAUUCACUUUCUUGCUCUUCUGCAUCAGGCUGAGCCUGAGUAUGACAUGGAUAGAGAUGGAAUCUCAACCAGAAUUGUUGAUAGAGACCAACUACCCCCAGGUACCUUGGAAGAACAUCACACUGUGUUGUAGAAGCCCCUCUCAGAUAGCUAGCAAAUACCUGCUGCUGAAGGAUAAGUCACAGAUUACCUGGAUCCACCCUUCCUACAAGACCUUCCAAGUCUCAUUCCCCAUAGUUGCCAUUACUGAGUCCAUUACAGGUCUUUACAGGUGCUGCUACUGGCAGGAGACAGGCUGGUCAGAGCCCAUUCAUUCUUUCAAUCCAGGCCAACUUCGCAAGCCCAUCUUCUGGAUCCAGGCUGAGACCCCUCCACUUACUGGAUGUAAUGUUAGCAUACUGUGCUGUGGCUGGCUGCAAGAUUUGGUAUUCAUUCUGUUUAAAGAGGGAUAUGCAGAGUCUGUGGAUUACCAAGUCCCAACUGGGAUAAUAGCCGUAUUCUCCACUGACAACAUGACACCUGAGAAUGAAGGGGUAUACAUCUGCUGCAUUCAUAUCCAGAUGCUCCCCACCCUGUGUCAGAGCCCAGCAACCCCCUGA